AUGAUGUUCCAAAAGCGGCUACUAGCAAUGGGACUGCUGCUAACGGAGCACUGUCUUACCUCCCUGCCUGGAGAGUCUCAUCUAGUAGGCCGGGCGGCACCCGAGAUUGAUAUCUUUGAGGCUCAGAUAGGUAUCGGAUUCAGCGACGACGGUGUCAGCCUUAUGGGCGAAGUUUCACAGUCUGGUCAGUGGGCCCCAUUCAACGCGCAUUACCAAUGGUUCAACACUACAGAUAAUCUCAUCAUCGAACACCCUCCAACUAUUCGUCUAAAUUCGUACACGGGUGCCACCGGACAUUGCAACAAGCGACAACAGGAGUGUCAAAAACUAAUCAGAAAUGCCAUUUCGGUGGUGGUAGAUGUUUCUCGAUUUGAAUACAAACCAGGCUUCAACGCAGCGACUUAUGUCGGCUUGUUGUUCGAAGCCUUCCUGAUUCUCGCGUUUGAUAUUACAUCACCUGGAUCGCGGAUAACCAACAAGUUUGGACCCUUAACACCGCCGGUAUGGCUACUGCUCAACGCGUUGGGAUAUCGGCCAGACCCGUCCCACAAGAGCCAUUGUACAUUAUCGCAAACCUUGGGAUGUCCACCAACCUCGUCGAUGUCGACCUUGAGCAUCGCACCUUCCCCAAUUCAAUGUUAA